UGUACGUUUACAUUUAUAUAAUAUGUACAGAUUACAAUAAUACUAUAGUAUUAAAACAUUUAUUGUGUCUAUCGAGAAAUUCGAAUACAUCUUGCAUACGAAGACCUAAAUGCCUGGUGUUAUAUUAAAUUGUUAUAGUAAGGUAAAUAGGUAUAUGUUAACAUUAAAAUCAUAUUUUAAUAGAUUUGAAGUGAAACGAACGAAUGUGUCAAACGUUUAUAUUUUAUACAGAAAUCAUUGAGGUUGAAUUAGAGAAAUGGCAGAAGCAGAAGCUCCAAGUGAGGAGAAUAAUGGCGUCGUUAGUCUUGUUAAUUAUAAACAAGUUGCAAAUGCAACGUUUGGACAGACGCAAAAUGAAAAUAUACUUAAAGAACUAUUAAAGGUUGAGAACAGUAAUGAAUCUUUAACGAUGCUCAAGAACUGUACACAAGUUCAAGUUGGACCAAAAUUUGAAAUUCAUACCGAAGAAUUGAAAAAAAGUUUACUAAAGAAAGAAGAUGAAGAAAGGAAUGAAAUAUUGAAGAGUUUCCACCAAAUGUUGAAAAACAAAUACAAGACAUACUUUUCCUACAUGAGGUCUUUUUUGUGGGAAGGCAAAAGGAACGAUUUUCCAUUAAAGGAUUAUUUCGAAGAACUGACUGUAAAUAAGGCAGAUUUAUUUGGGAAGAAAAGAGGAGAAAAGAUAAGUCUGAAUGAGAUAUUUUCCAUACAACAAGACGGACAUCAAACUAUUUUAUUUACAGGGGAUCCCGGUUAUGGCAAAUCAACUCUGUGCAAGAAAAUUGUGUACGAUUGGGCAAUCACGAAUUAUCUCAAACAUUUUGAUUUAACUUUUAUUGUAAUUUUAAGAGAAUUAGGUAAUAAAAGCGUGAAGGAUGCAUUACUCGAUGACAUACACGAAUACUCGCCAACUAAUAAGGAUUGGAAUCUACAGGACAUGCAGCUGAAUAUCUUGGUGUUUUUGGAUGGUUUCGACGAGAUUGUAGAUAAAUCUAAAAUUAUAAGAUUUAUAAGACAGGAAUCUUUUUAUAUUUCUCGUCGAAUGACGAUUGUGGUUACCAGUCGACCUCAAGCCGCAGAAGACAUCAGAGAAGACAUGAACAUGAGGUUUUCCAUAGAAGGGUUUUCUCCAGAAUAUCAAAAGAAAUAUAUUAAAUCAAUAUUUAGAGAAGAGGAGAGAAAAGCAAACGAACUGUUUUCUAAACUGUAUAAAGACGACUUUUAUGCAAAAUUAUCGAAAUGUCCUCUGAUGCUGCACAUGCUGUGUUGCCUUCAUCAGAGCGAACAAAUGAAAAAACUUGAUACGAUGACAGAUUUAUACAUUCGAGUAUUCUCUUUGAUAACUGAACGUUAUGUUAGAAAAACAAAUCAGAACGGUAAGUUUGAAAGAGGAAAAUAUUUUCUUGGAGAAAAUUUGCUACUGAAAUUAGGAGAAUUACAUAUAAUUUCUGUCAUGAUGGGGUUGACAGUAGGAUAG